GUCCUGGUGUCCUGUGCCCUGUGUCCAAGUCCUGGUGCCCUGUGCCCCUCUCACGGCCUGCCUGCCUCUCUCCAGAGAGCACGGACGACGAUGCCAUCUUGGCUUGGCACUGGGAGGAGGUGAAGGGGCCGCUGCGGGAGGAGAAGGUGUCGGCCGACACGCCCAUCCUGACGCUCACCAACCUGGUGCCUGGAAAUUACACCUUCAGCCUGACAGUGACGGACUCCGACGGGGCCCAGAGCUCGACCCUGGCGACGCUGGCAGUGAACAAGGCGGUAGAUUACCCGCCAGUGGCCAACGCCGGGCCCAACCAGGUGAUCACGCUGCCGCGCAACUACAUCACGCUGUACGGCAACCAGAGCACGGACGACCACGGGCCGCUGGGCUACGAGUGGACGCUGAGCCCCAACAGCAAGGGCAAGGUGAUGGAGGUGCAGGGCGUGAUGACCUCCACCCUCCAGCUGUCUGCGCUGCAGGAGGGCGACUACACCUUCCAGCUGACCGUCACCGACUCCGCUGGCCAGCAGGACACCGCAGAGGUCACCGUCAUCGUCCAGCCAGAGAACAACAAGCCCCCGGUGGCAGACGCAGGGCCGGAGAAGGAGCUGACCCUGCCGGUGGACAGGACUUCUCUGGACGCCAGCAAGAGCCAGGAUGACCAGGGCAUCAGCAAGUACCACUGGGAACAGAGCAAGGGGCCAGAGGGGGUGAAGCUGGAGAACGCCGACAGCGCUGUCGCCACGGUGACAGGCCUGCAGGUGGGCGAGUACGAGUUCACCCUCACCGUGACGGACGAGAGAGGCCUGGAGAGCAGAGACAGCGUCCGAGUUGUCGUCCGAGAGGAGGUGGACCAGCCCCCGCAGGCCCGGGUGCAGUCAGGGGUCCGGGUCACCCUGCCCGUCCGCACCGCGGCCCUCGAUGGGUCCCACUCCACUGAUGACAAGGGGGUGACCAGCUUCCUCUGGACCCGCGAUGAGAACAGCCCGGCCGCUGGGGAGGUGUUGAACAACUCCGACCACCAGGCGGUGCUGCUGCUGGGAAACCUGGUGGAGGGCAAGUACAGCUUCACCCUGACCGUGACGGACAGCAAGGGCCAGAGCAGCACGGACCACGGCACCGUGGAGGUGCGGCCAGACCCCUGGGCCCGCGACCUGGUGGAGCUGGUCCUGGAUGUGCCGGUGGCCCAGCUGACGCAGCGGCAGCGCGGGAUGCUCCUGCGACAGGUCGGAGUGCUGCUGGGAGUGCUGGACAGCGACAUCACUGUCCGAGAGGUCACCGCCUUCAAUGAGCGCAGUACCCGGCUGGUGUUCCUGGUGCUGGGAGGUCCAGGCCGCCCCCCCCUCUGUGGCCGGGAUGUUGCCGUGACGCUCCGCAGCAAACUGCACAAGCAGAGGAAUGACUUCCUGAUCUUCAGAGCCCGACAGGUGGACACAGUCAUCUGCCAGCUGAACUGCUCGAACCACGGGGAGUGCGACUCCUUUACCAAGCGCUGCGUCUGCCACCCCUUCUGGAUGGAGAACUUCUUCCGAACGCAGCUGGGAGACAGCGAGAGCAACUGUGAGUGGAGUGUUCUCUACGUCACCAUCGCAUCCUUCCUCAUCCUGGUUGCCAUGGGAGCCCUGUCCUGGGGAGUGGCGUGCUGCUGCCGCAGGCGCCGCGGACGGGCACGCAGGAAGAGCCGCUAUAAGAUCCUGGAGGCUGAGGACCAGGACAGCCUGGAGCUGCAGCCGCCGCGAGGUGAGCACAGAGGGGGCUGUACCUGA